AUGGCACAAGAAGCCGGCCUUCCCAUAACAAACACCCUCUUCCCCCCACCGCCCCCCUACUUCCAGGCGUUUACCGAAGAGGCCCUGCAUAGAUAUCGCGCCCUCACCGGCGACUCGUCUUUCCUCGCACCCUCAGCUUCCACAUCUACUGUGGAGCAGGGAAGUGGUAUCGCAAAGAAUGAGGGUGGGGCUAUACAAGUAGACUCUGCGUCUGUGGAGCGAAUGCUGGACGAGAGCGAGGAAGAUGAGAAGCAGGAGCUCGAGGGAAAGCUGGGCAGACCAAGAGCGGACUGGAUCAAUGAAGACGGAAGAUGGAUGUGCUUUGGGUCAAUGUACACAACUGUACCGAAGAUUCCGACAGCAGAAGAUAUCGGUCUUCCACCAUUCAUCGACCCUUCCGAGUCCCCGUCCGAAUCGCUUCCUCCUCUCUUGCAUUCUUUCCUGCACACACUGUUGAUGCUGCUUGAUGCUUUGUCAAUGACUGCGCGUACCCCCGAUGAACUGUUAGCUAGCGGAUGGGCGCACGAAGGCGAUCAGUACAUGCAACAUUUGACGAACUUGACGGCCAACAUGAUGGUAGCUAGCAAUCAGCUACGUGCCGCGCAAAGUGAGGCCACACUAGUGCUUUUGAUGGAGAAGGAGCUGGAGGAGAGGAAAAAGCAGACGGAACGUUUGCGCUGGAAAUGCAAGGAGAUCGCCGGUGGAAUCAAAGCUUUGAAGGAGCUUCGCGGGGCCAAAGAAGUCUGA